UGUGUGGAGUUUGGAAGUUUUUUUUUUUUCCGCUCCAUCGAGACGAGUUUUCCGUUAACGGCCGAGCAGAGCUUGGGGGGAGUCGGGGAGAGAAACACUGCACACACACACGAAACCGAGUUAAAUCGUUUCUUUUCUCUUAUGAAAGCCUCGAAAAGGGCUGAACUUUCCUCGCCCGAGCCCCGGAGGAAGACUCCUUCCACCAGCGAGAGCGGGAGCGAUGCGAUGUGACUGAGCUAUGCCGUGGAGCAAUGGACACACUGUGCCGAAGCGGAAACAUGGCGGCGGCGGGGUCCGCUGCCCCAGGCUCGGGCUGCUCCCCACUCUGCUCUUCGCGCUCGGCUGCCUGGAGGCGUCGUCGCGGGCCUCGGCUUGGGGAUCGGGGGCAGACGGCCGGGCCUGCAGCCCCUGUCCCGGGAACUGCAGCUGCGCCGUGGCCGGACCCCAGAACUCCUGCGUGGUCAACUGCUCCAGCCGCGGGCUGGAAUGGGCCCCGACGGCCGCCGACCUGCCCAGCGACACCAGCACGCUAGAUCUGUCCAGAAACCGCCUCUCGUCUGUGGACUCCAGUCUGUUUGAUCACCUGAUGACCGUCAGAGAGCUGUAUCUCCAGAAUAAUCGUCUCACAGCUCUUCCUCACACGGUGUUUGGCUGUGGCUCGUUAGCUGUGCUAGAUUUGAGCAACAACCAGGUCACCACCAUUGAGGGGAGAAUAUGUGAUAAUUUAUUUAAUUUAACUACAAUUGAUCUGAGUGGUAACCCUUUUGUAUGCGACUGUAUGCUGGUCCAGUCGGUCAGUGGGCUUCAGACGAGAGGGGUCACUCUGAGGAGAGCAGACCACAUGCUCUGUGACCGUCCGCCCGAACUGAAGGACCAUCCACUGCUCAACGUCAGCUCACACACCUGCGAGCUGUACUAUGCAGGCUGUCUGCAGGACAGUGGUCAUCCAGGGGGCACCGAGCUGGUGAUCUUCUCAUUCUCGGCAGCGGGGAACUUCUCGCGGGAGGAGUGUAACUCCAGAUGUUUCUUUGAUAAGCAGCUGUAUGGAGGUCUGGGGACGUGGGGCGAGUGUCUGUGCAGCACCAACUCAGAGCCGAACCGCAUCAGCGAGGCGCAGUGCUCCGCUGCCUGCUCUGACCAGCGCGUAAUGAGGGAGUGCGGACUGACCGUCGCACGGGACGUCUUCCAGGUGAACUUCUCAGUUAAUUUGUCAGCGGUCCGCACCAUCGUCCACUCUGAGGCCGUCCUGACCGCCUCCUCGUCUGUGCUGCCCGUCUCUCUGUCCUGGGACUUCGGUGACCUUUCACCCCGCCUCAACACCUCGAGCCCCACCACUGCAGCGCAGCACAAAUACGGCGUCCCGGGACAUUACAGGGUGCGGCUCAGCACCACGGCAGCCCACAGAGAGGUUACCACGGAGGUGGAGGUCAGUGUGGAACUGCCCCCGAGACUGGAGCUCCACUGUCCAUCACUGCUGGUGGCCAAUCAGAGCCUGGAGGAGGCAGUGACUCUGGUGAACUGGGGCGGAAUGGGCCUGGCUGUGGACUGGACCAUCCGGAAGGAUGGAGAGGAGGUGGCCAGAGCGGAGCCACUGUGUGUGCCGGAGGCUGUGCGUCAUGCAGACUCUUUGCGCUGUUUCCAGCUGGUUCCGGGCGAGUUCAGCUGGUCCGAAGCUCGCCGUCAGUGUUCCGCUCGUGGAGGAGAACUGGCCACGAUCAGAACUCCGGAUGUCCGGAGUCUGCUCGCCCCUCAUAUCACACAGGAGCGUGGGGCAUGGCUGGGUCUCAGUGAUGUGGACUCUCCAGGCACUCUGCACUGGGUGAACGGCUCCGAAGCUCAGCCGGGUGAAGAUGGAGCCAGGGAUCGGGCCACUCUGGUGGACGGAAAUGUGUGUGUGUCUCUGGACCACUCUGGACAGAACAGUGCUCAUCCCUGUAAUGCCAAACGUGCCUUUGUCUGCCAGUUUACUCACCAAGUGCGUGUAUCUGAUGCUGGUGUGUAUGCGGUGGGUGUGGCUGUAUUUAAUGCUCAGAGAACUCUCACCACUCCAGAUGUGUCACCCACACCUGUAGAACACACACCGACCAACAAUGUGGAGCUGCUCCUCUUCCCGGCUCUGAGUUUCGGGGUCGGUGGGCGUCUCUCAUCUCUGGAGCUGAUCACAAAGCCUCUGAGCUCACACACGCAGGUGCACUUCCAGGUGUAUCGUCCACAAUGCCAGCAGCUCGGAUUACACCUGCACCUGCCAGGCUGUGGUGACCUGUGUGCCCCCAUCGCUGUGUGCCGGCCCCUGGAUGUCACGCUCAACAGCAGCUCCCCGUCCACUUCUGGAGCUCAGUCCUGCCCUGUGCUGCAGCAAUGGUGUCCCUACUUGUCCUCCUGCCUGCCCCUCAGAAGCCCCUGCCCGCCGGACUCUUGCCCAAACUGCUCCGGGGUGGACCCCCUGCCCCCUGCAACCGUGCGUCCACGCUACCGCCUGCUCGCGGAGGUCCUAUUCACACUGCCCCCCGGACCCUCCACACAUGCACUGGUCCAGAAGGAGCUAGAAGACCUGCUGGUUGCCCCGGGUGACUUCAUCGCCCUCCAGCACGAUGCUGGGCCCUCCGGUCUACUAAGCUGCUCUCCUGACCCUUCGUCGCCAUGGAAACAGAGCUUCCUGGUCCUGAACCGCUCCGAUUGGCUGCACGCUAAUGAAACUCUGGAGGCGGGCGGAGAUGGAGAGUGGGUGGAGGAGUCCGUGUGCCAGAUUAGGGUGCUAUAUGUGGGGCAGAAUGAAACCAAACUGCAGGGUCCAUUUCUCAAGUCUGGGCUGCCCCAGCCUGGCAACUACAGCCUGGAAGUGACACUGGACGAUCCUGACUUUCCUGUGAACGCUUCCUGUCCCAUUCACGUCAUCCCACCUUUGGGCCUCACCGUGGUCCAUCCGGCCAAUCAAAAUGGGACGGUCUACUUUCUACCCAAUCAGACGUCAGUCCUGGUCAAAGUACGCUCUGAACACAGUGCUGUGACUGGCUGGCAGGGCACCAAUAAGACCGAGCCGUUCCAGCACUCAUGCCCACCGGCACUGGUCCCCAAAGUGCCAGAAUGUAGAACACCCGACCCAAACAACGACACCCUCUUCGCCUGGCUGGAUCUUCAGCUGGGCUCCACCCCCGGGCAGACCAGCGUGGUGCUGCAUGCCCAGAGCGAGGUGACUGAGGCUAGGCUGGAGAUUCAGGCGAAGGUGGAGGAGCCGCUGCGAGGCCUACUCGUCCAGCCCCAUCCCAGCCAAAGGGUGCUGAUGGAGUCUGUAGUGAGCUACAAGGCAUCUGUAGAAGGAGGAACUGACCCCUCUUUCCGGUGGACAGUGGACGAUAAGCCGUACUUCACCUAUUACAACACCGUGCUCAACAUCAUCUACCAGAAUGCUGCUGUCUACAAACUCACAGUAACAGCCAUGAACAACGUGAGCAGCCUGACGGAGGAUUUCAACGUGACAGUGGACAGAAUGAACCCGAUGAGCGAGAUAACCGUGAGCGGGGUCCCUGAAAUUGUGACCCAGGGGCUUUCUCAGACCCUCUCCGCCUCACUAGAAGUGGACGUUUCGGUGGACGCCACUUUCCGGUGGUCGUUUGGAGAUGGAGGUGACUUGACGUUUCACUUUAAACCACCCUAUGAUGUCCCUCACCAGAGCCAUGACCUCUCUAAAAAACAGGUUUCCCUGCGCAGCGAUGUCAAGUACACGUACACUCAGCCAGGAGAGUAUACUCUAAUGGUCUCCGUCUCCAAUCGCUAUGAGAACAGAACCUGCAAAGUUCACGUAUAUGUAUACAGCAUUUUAACAGUGGUGGAGAUCAAGUCUGAUCCAGAGCUUCUGCAUGCUGGAAAGCCUGCUGACUUUGAGGCUCAUCCUUUGCCAUCCCCGUAUGGAAUCAUCUACACUUGGGAUUUCGGCGACAACUCCAGCAUACAGGCAGGACGUGAGCGCAGGGUCUAUCACUCUUACAAGUGCGGCGGCAUCUACACAGUCUGUGUGAAUGUGAACAACACUGUUAGUAGUUUGGACAGCUGUAAAGACAUGAUGGUGUAUCAGGACAUUGAGGGUUUGGAGGUGACAUCAUCAUCUCCUACAGAGCUCAACACCCCUACAGUUGUUACAGCUACUCUGCAAACAGGCAACAAUGUCAGCUGGAGUUUUGCAAUGGGUGAUGGUACUGUGCAAACGGGAGUGGAACCACGUGUGGAACACACAUACAUAAAAGAUGGAAACUACACUGUCAACAUCUCCGUAACUAAUGCCAUCAGCUCAAAAUGGGUGACCAUACAUGUUCAAGUGUUCGUACUGCAAGUGUUAUGGUUGGAACCUGCUGGGUGCGUUCAGGAAAAAACAGACGUCACCUUCCAUGCUUAUGUGUCAGGGAAUGCCUCCGCUCAUCAGUAUGUUUGGAGUUUCGGAGACGGAACUGCUAAUGAAACUCACUAUGGAACCCCCAGCAUCACUCAUUCUUACUAUGGUAGCGGGAAUUAUCACCUUUCUCUGCUCAUGUCAAGCAGUGCAAACAAGGCUAAUUUCUUCAACUGGAUUUGCGUCCAACCUGCAGUCGCCAACGUGACUCUUGAAACUUUCAGCACACACAUCAGACUUGGAGAGGAAAGCAAAUUUACAGUAACAGCCAUUCCCAAUUUUGACUACGUGUACCUGUGGGACAUUGGGAUAAGCGAAUCCACAGGUUCCAUUCAAGGCAGUGACAAAAUGGCUUUCACUUACAAGAGCCCAGGCCUGUACCUGGUAACUGUAACUGUCCUUAACAACAUUUCUUACAGCAACUCCACAGUGCAGGUUGAAGUGCAGCAACCAGUGGGAUGUCUGCUGAUACAGCAUAAUGGAUCGAUGGGAAACAGUCUUGCCUUGAGGCAGCACUACACCUUCCUGUCAUCCUCAGACUCUGCUAAUGUUGUCUACCUUUGGGACUUUGGGGAUGGGACUGUCCUUCCAGGCCACAAUGUAACACACUCUUAUAAUUCCUCAGGUGUCUUCAACAUUUGCGUCACGGGCAAGAAUGAAGUGAGUGAAAAUAAAAGUGAAAUCACAGUCACCGUUUUAGCACCCAUUCAGGGACUUUCUGUCAAUUCCAGCCGUGUCAAUGUUCCUCUGAAUGCCUCAGUUCAUUUUGAGGCCCAUCUUGACCAAGGAGAUGAUGUUCAGUACUCGUGGAUCCUUUGUGACCGUUGUACUUCCAUUCCAGGCACACAAACUAUGUUCUACACUUUCCGGUCAGUUGGGACAUUCAAUGUCAUUGUAACUGCCAAAAAUGAUAUUAGCACCACACAGGCUAGUAUCUUCAUAUUUGUACAACGGGAGCUUGAAGGCUUACAGAUAAUGUCUGAUGAACUUGGAGAAGGAUGCUGUUUUGCCACCAGUCGCAUCCUUCAUUUGCAUGCUUUGCUAAAAGAGGGCACUAAUAUGUCCUUCAGCUGGAGUGUUUUGAGGGAACAUGAGAAUUCUGCUGCCCUCAAUCUUACAGGCAAGACCAUAGAGCUCAAUUACUCCACUCCUGGACCCUGCGAAGUCCUCCUGAAGGCCACCAACUUGCUUGGCCAGAUAGCUGUUAACCGCACCAUUGAGUUUCUUGAUCCUGUUGGAAAACUGGUUCUUAAGGCUGUCCCCAACCCCACGGCUGUCAGCACCAAAACAGACAUGACAGUGUUUGCAAAUAUUGGCAGUGAUCUGCAGUAUAGAUGGUCGGUUGAUGGUCAUUUUUUGCCAUUUAGUGUCCCGUCCAUUGUACAUGUCUUUGAAAGUCCAGGGCUAAAGUUGGUGAAAGUGGGGGUUUCAAACAGAGUUAACGUGGAGACUGCUUCAGUGUUGAUCAGUGUGCAAGAGCCAGUUUCAGGGGUAACUUUCACAACAACCAAUGUAACCGAGCAUAACUUCGUAGCCUCUGGUGUCAAUGUAUCACUACGUGGAAAUAUCCAGACUGGAACCAAUGUCUCAUGGAUGUGGCUUUUACCAAAUGGUGCAAAAUCAAGCCAACAGGCAACAUCCUACAUAUUUCCAACCGCUGGAACCUUCACGGUUACUUUGAAUGUAUCAAAUGACAUCAGUAGCAAGACGCUAUCGCAUGACUACUUUGUGCAAGACCGAAUUCAGGGGCUUGAAUUCAAGGCCAGCAAGCAGAACGUCGCAGUUGGCGAAAAUGUGGAAUUCACCAUCUCUGUUUCAUCUGGUACCUCUGUGAGCUACACCUUGAGCAUCAGCGGUGAUGCAACAGUCCACCCUAACACGACCUACGUGCACCAGUUCAACAGGGUGGACAAUUACUAUGUCAAUUUGACUGCCUGGAAUCAGAUAAGCUCAGAACGGAGAAAUCUGCAUAUCUGUGUGUUGGAGCCUAUUACAAAGCUCACCAUCUUGGACUGCUGUGAACAAGCCAUACCUGUGGGAGUGCCCAAGACCUUUGAAGUUCACAUAGUGACAGGCAAACCUGUGGCAUACUUGUGGACUUUUGACAUUCAUCACAGAAUCAAGAUAUUUAAUGUUAAUGAUGGUAAAGUGACCUAUACACCUGAGGAACCAGGUCAUCUGACCAUCUAUCUGUCUGCCUUUAAUGCUCUGACAACUCUAAAUAAAACCGAGGUUGUGCUCGUUCAAAAUAUUCUAAAAUCUGCUACUUUAGAAGCUCAACCUCGGGACACUUUCAUUAACAAGACAGUGGUCUUCCAUGCAGGAGUUUCCCCACAGUCCACCUCUCUCAGUUACCAGUGGGACUUUGGUAAUGGAACUUAUGUUUUGCUUUCUAGUACUCCAUCUGCCAGUCAUACCUAUUCUGUGCCUGGCCACUAUAUGGCCCAGGUAAACAUCAGCAAUCAGGUUAGCUGGGUUGUCGCUCGCUUUAGGGUAAACGUGCUAAACUGCAGUGAACCAGAAGUCCAGGUGGUUCAAGCUCCAAGAUUAGCUAUCUGGCGUUCCAAACCAGCUUUGGUGGAAGCGAAGGUGGACUUGAAAGGCUGCGCUCACUAUGGCGCUGAAUAUCUCUGGGAGAUCUUUCCAAUCCCACACUGCCAGCAUAUUGAAAAGCAUUCAUCUCCAGCCUCUAAAGUCCGUCUUCCAGCAGAAGUUGAUGUCCGAAGGCUCCAGCUGUCACUACCCAAGAUGUCACUUGCCGCCAGGAACUACACCCUGAUCUUCUCCCUGUCCUACCAAGGCAUUCCUCUGAGGAAGGCUGCCUGUCUUCAGCUGUCAGUGAUGUCUGCCAAACUGGUGCCCAUAAUUGAAGGAGGCACAUACCGUGUCUGGUCCAAAACCCAGGACCUACAGCUGAGUGCGGAGCAGUCAUAUGACCCCAACCUUGACCUUGAGAGUCAGACUCUACUCAACUACCACUGGGAGUGUGUGAACACCUCUAAGGGAGCCUCUCACUGUUCAACUCUGAAUUUCGGGCUGGGUCCCUGGGGUCCGGUUCAGGGUAUCUCUGGCUCUGAGCUAGAGGUGGACGUCGAGUACACAUUCCGUUUGACCAUCAGCAAAGACGACAUGCCCCCAGAAUCCACCACGCAGAAGGUGUUGGUGAAGAGCGGCCGUAUUCCCAUCGUGUCUCUGGAGUGCGUGUCCUGUAAGGCUCAGUCUCGUUAUGAGAUCAGUCAGAACUCCUAUGUUUACCUUGCUGGAACCUGCAGCAACUGCCAGGGCUCAUACAGAGGGAGCUGGUCAGCGGUGAACCAACGGAACGAAACACUGGUUCUGGACCACAACACCACCACCACAGCCCAGGACAGCAUGAACCUGGUGCUGAGGAUAGGGGCCCUACGGGACGGAGACUCGUACAUCUUCAGCCUACACGUUAACGACGAUAGCAUGGACGGAGAGGGUGUGGCCUACAUCAAGCUCCGCCCCAACCUUCCACCAGCCGGGGGAGCGUGUCUGCUGUGGGUGGACGGGGACAGGCCUGAGGUGCACACGCUGCUGGAGAAAGUGCACUUCAAUUGUACAGGCUACACCGAUUUGGAUGAAACAGAGUCUUCUCUACUUUACAGUCUGCUAGUGUUGCGCUGCUCGGAGUCGCACUGUGAGGAUUUCUGUGUGUAUAAGGGCACCAGCCCGGAACACUCCGCCUUCCUGCCACCCGGUUUUAGUUCCGCCCAGUACAGGGUCUCAGUCUCUGUCAUGGUGGAGGACCACCAGGGUGCGUCCAUCACCGCCAUCAACAAGACGAUGGUGGUGGUGCUGCCUGAAACUCCGCAAGGUUUCAGCAGUUUGGCCCACUGGCUGAGUGAGAAAACAGACACCACUCUGAAAGAUCUUCUGAAACAGGGCGACUCCCAGAGGGUCCGAGAGCUCUCCCUCGCCCUCAUUACUGUUCUCAACGAGUAUGAGCAGGGCAUGGUGCGUAGGCGUGAGCGGGUGAACAGGCUGGAGAGACAGUACAGAGUCAAUGUGAGAGGAAACAUCACCAGAGCUCUGACAUCACUGGAUCUGAACACGGUCAGCGACAUCCAGCAAACCUCUGCCGCUCUGGCGCAGUGCACGGCGGUGAGCCGGGAGUUUGUGUGUGAGGAGUGUCAGAACAGCACUCUGGAUAAACUGGAGUCGAUGCUGGAGAUCCUUCAGACGGACACCAAGCAGGGGACGGUGACUCCCACAGAGAUCGCGGAUAACAUCCUCAACAUCAUGGGUGAUCUAAUCCACCAGGUGAGUCGGGCUGCGUCAUCUCCUCCAGAGGAGUCUGAGGGUGGCGGCUUCCCACAAUGUGCAUCUCCAGUGGAUGACCAGCCGCACCCCCUCCGCGUGGCCGCUAAAGCCUACACGCUGUCGUCUGAGCUGAUGCGCAUCCUGAUGCUGUCGCGCGUUCUGAAUGAGGAGCCGCUGAUCCUGCGGGGGGCCGAGAUCGCUGCCGCGGGGAAACGAGCGGACCUCCAGAGCCUCCUCUGCUAUGGUCACAGUGACGCUCCCGAGUGCCGGCGCUUCUCCAUCCCACGUGCCUUCAACUCCAGCCUGGGCAGAGCAGCUGAGGCGGUGGUCCAACUGAUCUUUAUGGUGGAGCCGAACCCCUUCCCCUUCAACUUCGUGCCCAACCACACCGUGUCCACGGAGGUUGCGUCCAUGGAGUUCCGCACCAUCAACGGCACACAGAUCCCCAUCACCGACCUGGACGAGAGCCAGGCCAUCACGGUCGCCAUUAACAACAUCACGGCGGCGGAGCUGGACGGGGACGGAGCCGGACAGGUGCUACAGCCAGCCGGGGCGGUGAACGUCAGCCGCUGCGGCACAGUGAUCGUCAGGGUCAGCACGGGGAACAUCAACCGACAAGCUGGAGUCUAUAUCCAACUCAACUUCACCACGGUGGAGGAUUCUCCAGGUGGACGUGACUCAGACCCGUCAAUCACAGCAUACCUGUACACCUCCCAGUGGGCCAAUGAGUACAACAGCACAGACAAGAAGCACAUCACACUCAGCAUGAUGAGGGGAGGGAGCCCGGACCACCAGCCCUACACCUUCUUCUUGUCUCCACUCGUGUAUGACACCACACGGGACCACUUCAUUAACGUGACGGGGGGCUGCAGUGCUGAUUGGCCGCCGCGUGUGCGGUUGGAGGUCGGCGUGUUUACGGUUCUGUGUCAGUAUUUCAGCAAGCAGGCUCAUGUCUGGCAGACGGACGGAAUCGUUCCUCUGGCACAGACGACUGCGGGCCGGGCUGUCUGCAGCACACGCCACCUCACCGACUUCGCCGCCAGCCUCUUCGUCCCCCCAGAUGCCGUCAGCUUCGUCAUCCAUGACGCGUCUCCGAGCCGCAGUCUGGUGGUCCUGCUGGUGUGCGUGGUCUGUUUGCUGUGUUACGCCGUAGCAGCCGCUGUGCUGAGGAAGCUGGAUCAGAUAGACCUGAGACGAGCAUCUGUGGUUCCACUGUGUGGAAAAGACGGACUGUACAAGUACGAAAUACAGGUCAAAACCGGCUGGACACGAGGAGCAGGCACGACGGCCCACGUUGGAAUCAGUCUCCAUGGCAGCGAGGGGCGCAGUGGGCACCGUCACUUGGACCGGGUCGGAGCAUUCACUCGAAACAGUCUGGAUAUCUUUCACAUCGCCACGGAUACCAGCCUGGGCAGCGUGCUGAAGAUCCGCCUGUGGCAUGACAACAAAGGUCUGUCUCCUGCAUGGUUGCUGCAGUAUGUUCUGGUGAAGGACCUGCAGACAGGAAGCUCGUAUUUCUUCCUGGUGGAGGAGUGGCUCUCGGUGGAUAACGAGAAGACGGAUGGCAGAGUGGAGAUUGAGGCAGAAGCUUCAGAGGAGGUGGAGCUCCGUCACUGGCCCCGCCUCCUCUCCUGGGAGCUCCAGAGGGCGGUGUGUGAGAGUCACGUGUGGCUGUCGCUAUGGGAAAGACCCCCACGCAGCCCCUUCACUCGCCUCCAGAGGGCGACCUGUUGCUCGCUGUUGCUGCACCUCAUCCUGCUGGCCAACGCUGUGUGGUACGCCACCGUUGCCCACGGCGACAGCUCUGUUCCUGUCUCAGAGCAGGUGUCUCUGAAUGGGGAGUCUGUAGGAGUGGGCGUGGUCAGCUGUCUGGUGCUGUAUCCUCUCUACCUGCUCAUCUUUUGCCUCUUCAGACUCAGCCGCAGCAAGGUGUCAGUAGAACAGCUGCCUCCACAGGUAGAUCAAGAGUCUUUGGAAAUCGAUGACUUUCUGGACAACUCAAUGACAGGAAGCUCCUUCCUCAUCUUCAAUGGAAUCCCCACUGAGACGUAUUCGGAGGAGACCAACAUUGACUUGCCUACUCCCUCCUCUAAAAGGUGGAGUGUCCCGGAUGCCGACUGGCCGGAUGUGCUGACUGAGCCGUCAGUGGAAAUGACGGCGGGGUUUCCACCUCGGCUGAAGAGAGGUCAGGGCAGCCGACACCUCGGAGUGGACAUGACCUUUAACCCCGAGGAAGAGGAGACUGUGGGGGGACACGAUCAUAGGAACAAAUACUUCACCUCUUCAGAUGAGGAUCUAAUCAAACGGAUCCUGGCAGACGGUCAGCUGCUCUCCCAGACGGACAGUGACAUGGGCGACCUGUCCAGUAUCUUUGGCGAUAAGACGGAGGUGAUUCUGCUGCAGAAGAUGAGCGAGCCUGUUCCUCCUGCAGCUCUGCGCAGAGAUCCACCUAAAACUGCAUUCACCUCACGCACGGUGGUGACAGAUGUGUGUAAGCCGAGGCUGUUUCCUCCUUUGUGCGGAUUGGCUGCUCUCUGGGGCAGCUGGGUGGGACUAAUCCUGUCCAGCAGCCUGUCCAUCUGGCUGGGGCGGAGCUUCAGUGAGGGCGUGGCUCUGAUGUGGCUGGUCUCCUGCAUCAGCAGCUUCCUGAUGUCAUUCCUUAUACUGGAGCCUCUAAAGGUGCUGCUGGAGGGUGUGUAUUUUGGGCUGUUGGUGGGCCGUUUGAGGCCAGAGGAGGGCGAUGUGUUGGUGGAUUGCCCGCGGGUGGAGCGAGUGGUCCAGCGAGUUCCGAGAGUGAGACCACCGCAGGGCUUCGCUCUGAACCAGGCUAGAGAGGAGGCCCGCAAAAUCCACCUGCUGCACAGCAUGCUUAAGGGUUUUCUGGUCUACAUGCUGUUCCUGCUGGUGGUCCUGCUUCUGAACUACACCGACUCGGCCAAAGACGCUCACCGACUGAGACUGCACACUCAGCUAGAGAGCUACCUACACACACAGCGCUUCAGCAACAUCAGCAGGCGUGAGGCAGUGUGGGAGUGGCUCUCUGAUUCACUGCUGCCGCAGUUACUGGACGGCCCCACCCUCAUGGAGGAGACGGGCAGUCUGCUGCUGGGGAAGCCCCGCCUCCGACAGAUCAGAUCACAACCAGUCUGCCCCACUAAUGGCCGAUUCCCUGCAUCAUCCUGGUUUGGGUGUGGCUCAGGCGGGUGGGCGGAGUCAGCGUCUGCCCUCACCCUGAACUGGAGCCGCAGUGUGUCUCAGAGAAACGGAGUGUGGCAUUGGGGUCAGGCGUCUGUGUACGACAGUGGCGGAUUCGUGCAGGAGAUCAGCGGAACGUUGGAAAAAUCUAGAACCCUCAUACAGCAACUCCACACCCACCAGUGGCUGGAUCCACUGACGAGGGCGCUGUUUGUGGAGUUUUCUCUCUAUAACACAAACAUAGACCUGCUGGCUGUCUUCUCUUUACUGCUGGAGUUCCCCGUCUCUGAGCGCGCUCAGUCCAGCCUGGACCUGAAAACCUGCAGCCUGCACAUGCUCCGCCACGGCCUGGAUCUCGCACUGUUUCUCACGCUCCUCCUGAUGAUCUUGACUGUUUAUUUCUUGGUGCGUGAGGGCGUGGCCGUGAGGCGGCAGGGGUGGAGCUAUUUCCUGCGUGUGUGGAACAUGGCAGGUGUGUGUAUUCUGCUGCUGGCGACUGCAGUCUCCGCCCUCCACAUCAGUCGCUCCGCCCUCGCUGCCCGCCUCUGGGCCUCAUUCCUACAGCAACGCGAUUCCUUCACAGACUUUUUCCCGCUGGCCCAGCAGAGCCAGGUCCUGACCCAGCUGAACGCAACUCUGCUCUUUCUGCUGGUGCUGAAGGCGUCUCAUCAGCUGCGGUUUCUGCGGGAGUGGGCAGUGUUUGGCCGGACAUUGAGGAGGUCAGUGUGGGAGCUGCUCAGUGCUGCAUUGGCUCUGCUAGUUCUGCUGCUGGCCUACUCGCACACGGGACACCUGCUUUUCCACUCCAUCCUAGAAGGCUAUGGAACAGUUAGCUCCGCCUGCUUGUCAUUGCUGGGCUCUGGAAGCCGUGGACUCUUGUCAUGGAGACCAGGCGAAGACUCCUCCUCCUCCUGCUCCGCUACCUGUUUCGUGUUUCACAUCAGCUUUGCAGUGCUGCGUCUUGUCUUGCUGUGGCUGGUGACCUCAGUAUUGCUAAGGAAUUAUCACAGGGUGAGGGCGGAGCUGUACCAGCCAGCGGUGGACCUGCAGGAUUAUGAGAUGGUGGAGCUGUUCCUACGACGCCUCAAGAUGUGGAUGGGCCUCAGUCGCACUAAAGAGUUCCGACACAAGGUGCGCUUCGAGGGAAUGGAGCUUCCGCCAUCCCGCUCCUCAUCUACCAGCGAUUGUAAGUCCUUGUGCCUGCCUCCUCUGGACACCCCCGAGGCUCCCCCAACCCCUGACAGUGUGGACUGCGGUUCUGAGGCUUCCUGGCGCCCAGCGUCCAGCAGCCCCUGCAGCCUGGUUGAGGCUCCCGGGCUUGGGUUGGGUCUCAGUUUAGGCCUGGGGGUGGUGGUAGGAGGUCAGACCUGGAGAGAACGGGCAGAAACCGAGGCAACCCUUCGAAGGGUCCUGCCAGCCUUUGAUGCUUUGCUGCUGCAGCUGGACAGGGUUACCCAAGCGACGGAAGAACUGUACCGCACCGAGUGCCGGCUAGAGAAAGUCCAAAGGAAGAGCCGGGGGCGCACCAGUGGAAGUCUGGACUCUGCAGGACAGAGGAAACACAGCAGGGGACACAAGGGGUCCCAGACAAAAGGGCACAGGCACUCCCACAAAGAAAGGAGCAAAAGCCCCCACAAAGCUGAAAGGAGAACCUCUGACAAGGUUUGCAGAAAUGACAAAAGUUCUCACAAAACUGAUAAGGCCCUCCGCAAGGGAGAUACUUUGGCAUCAGGUCCUCAACAAGACUUGCUGCCAAAGGAUGCAAGUCCCCAAAGGAUUGAUAUGGGUCCUAAUAAAGCACAAGCAAGUUCUGACAUGGAUGCACAUGCCAGUAAGACUGAAAAAAAUUCUUACAAGGAUCACAAGCUGGAUUUAGGUCCCCUCAAGGUAGAAGAAAGUGCCAUCAAGGCAGAAGCAAGUGUAGGCACGGCAGAAUCAACAGCCCACAAGACUGCCAAAAGUCCUCAUAAGUCGGUCUUGAACAUCAUAAAAGAUUCAGAAACUGCUGGCUGUGCCAGCAAAACGAUGCCCCCUCCAACACCAAUACCCACUCCAAAUAGUGCCCCUUCUUCUACCCCAGGCUCAGCUAUUGCAACCCCAGUCCCAAUCCCUCGUGCCCUUGAAUGGUUCCCACUUAGCAAUCGUGAGGAACUUCCCUCCAGCCUCUUCCAUCAUCCAGCACACACCACCACUAUGCCCACACGCAAACGCAAGCACAAACCCCCACCACUGAAAAACAAGGUCCAUCCUAACACAGACAGGCCUAUCUCAGGACACCCCAAACCUUGAGGACCCAAGGAUUCCAUUUGCUGGUACAUUGGAAAGAAGAUCAUGUAAGAUUGAAAUCAGGUGAUUAAGACAAUAAAAAUAGCAACUAUUGGUGGCGUAGCUGAGGGUUCGCUCUCAUCUGUUGUUGAAAGGGAGGAUACUGGUGACAGCAGGUUUUGUUACCAGCUCCUUAUGGAAAACUGAAAAUGUUGGAACUACUUUCUUUACCACAGUGUACAUGAUUUAAAAAAUAUCCCAGUCAAUCCCAGAGCAGUUGCGAUUUGGCUUGUAAGACUGGGAUAUAUAAUCUCAUAGUACUACACAGUUAGCAAAGAGGUGCUGGUCACCCUUUCGAUUUUACCCGCAACAAAUUCUGCUAGCCUCAGAUCCCUCCCCUUAAGUCCUUCCCUUUGAAUGACCUCAGUCCAGCCCUUUGACCCUGGCGGUCAAAUGGGUUAAAACCGACAAGAGCACAACUUGUGCUGUCGUUGCAUCAAAAUGAACUCACAGAAGUGGCAGGAAGUGACAUCAUGAGACUGUAGUGCAAGUCUGUUAUAUAGUGAAGAUGUCUUACAGUAUUUGAGUUGUGUCGAGUUAUGUAUUAUGUGAGCAAUGUUUUGUGAUGUUUUGAUUAAUAUUUUUUUGAUGUAUCAAAGAAGGAAGCUAUUGCAAGGUAAUGGGCGUAAGUUUGGCCCAUCAGUGCGGUCUAUUCAGAAGCUGAAAUAUCAUGCGCACACACACACACACACACACACAAACAUAUAUAUAUAUAAAAUAUAUAUAUAUACACACAUAGACUAACAUAUCAGCAUUAAGCAAAUAGAUCUAUGCUUGCAGGUACUUAUGCAUAAUGCAUGCUUCUUAUCGUACAGGUACACACAUGCAAUUUCUACACACAAAUAUGUCUGUAAAGGCUAUCAGGGUGCUAAAAUAUCAGCAAGCCUUCACUGUUCAAAACUGCCCUUUUAUUGACCCAUCCAUGCACUGCCAACAAGUCAGUCCUUGCUUUGCAACUGUUGCUAGGUUGGACACACUUUACACAACGGCCAAAUACUAUUCCGCCUAAUGAGAAACUGUAGUGAAUGUUGCUGAGACUCCAGUUUAAAAUGCUAGAGUACUGAGCUGAACCGUGUUGAGGCUAACAAAGCAAGAUAGGUCAGAAACAACAACGAAAAGUCACACUUUAUUUUGAUGGUCACCCACAGAUUAUCUGCAGGUGCGCAAAGUGUUAACAGUCUAGUGAAACUCAGUUCAUAGUCAGCAGUUUUAGGGUGUUUUUACACUAGAGCUGUUUUCUGGUCCGCUUGGUCCGUGAGUUCACGUUCGGUCAAGUGUGAAAGCUGUUUUUGAGCCUGGGAGUGGUCCAGAGAACCAAUGGCUGGUCCUCCUGAAAUUGGGGGUCCGGGGGUCACUUCCAGUUCACUUCCGAACUCUUGUGCGACCCGCUGCGCAUGUGGAAGCUAUCCACUCCUGGCGCCGCAUGUGGGGUUACAUGAUUGGUUGAUUUUGUAACUGGUUCAGUUUAAUGUGUUUGGUUUCAUUAUGGUGGGAAAGGAUUGUUGUAAACAAAAGCGCUGAAGUUCACCGCUUGAAUGUUUGUACACAAACAAAUAGUAAAAAGCAGCGAAUGGAUGAAGCGAUUGCCGACCAUUGUGGAGAGAGUUGCAGAGAAGUGACGUAAGGAGUUGUGCAGUCGAUCCACGGUUUGAAUAAAACUCGUGUGUGAAAGCAAACCAGCAAUAAAGAGCCCCUCCUCCAAACAAGGCCAAAAUCGGUCCUGGUAUUCCGGACAAGUGUGAAAACGUCCUUAAUGUUAGUGUCAGGUUUAAAUGUUAAUGUUAAAGUCAAGUUUAGGAUUUAGGUUUUGUGUUGAAGUUUAAGUUUUGGUUUAGAGCUGAAAGUUAGGUUUGAGUUCAGGGUAGAUUUAAGAGAGUCUGUUACAUCCACCUUAAAGUUCAGUUACUUUUACAUUUACAUUUACAGCAUUUAGCAGACGCUCUUAGCCAGAGCGACUUAAAAAAGUGUUUUGUUGUCCACUCAGAGAAAGUAUCUUUGCUAGUUACAAAUAGGUUAGAAAGAAAGUUAGUCCUGAGCUCAGAUACUGCUAGAGAACAGAAAGUCCAUGUUGAUACAGAGAGAAAAGGAGCCUUAUUAAACAGCGCAAUACAUUUCAGUGAGUACUAAAUUAGUGCUCACUUAAGUGCUGUAAAAAGAGACGUGCCUUCAAUCUGUGUUUGAAGACCGUGAGAGACUCUGUUCGGCCAGGCAUUGGGAGUUCGUUCCACCACCUGGGUGCCACGACAGAGAAAAGUCUUGAAGGAUGGCGGGUCGAGCUGAGCUGUACUUGAAGCUCGAAGGGCUCGAGGUACAGUUCGAGUUUUGACCAUUGCCAUUAUGUGGGGGAGGGGCUGGUGCGUUUUUGGCUUUAUAGGAAUCGGGGUUUUAAAUCUGAUGUGUGCAGCUACAGGGAGCCAGUGAAGGGAGCGCAGCAGUGGGGUGACGUGGCUGAACUUAGGAAGAUUGAAGAGGAGUUGUGCUGCUGCAUUCUGGAUGAGUUGCAGAGGCUUGAUGGUCCACAUAGGAAGACCAGCCAAGAGCGAGUUGCAGUAGUCAAGCCUUGAGAUGAUGAGACUGAACUAACUAAAAGGUGGUUGGUGUAGUGUAGUGGGUAACACCUCUGCCUUCUGCGCUGUAGACUGAGGUUCAAUCCCUGCCUGGGUAAACACCCUACA